CCUCCAAGAAGACUUCCUCCUUACGAGUAGGCCUCACUGGGCACCCAGCUACACGACACCUCUCUGGAACAAUAAAGGACCCUCUGUUAAACAGAGGGAAAAGGAGAUUGGUUUCGACAUUUAAGAGGAAAAGCUGGAUAAAACAAGAGCAUUUGAGAAAGCGACACAAGAGGCAGUAGUGGGAGAUCAUCCUUAGAGUCAAUAGCUGAGGGCAUAAGAGAAUCAUCAUUGUAAAAGUGUGAGCAUUGACCUGGACUUAUAGAGGAGUACUUUCACCACACAUAGAGAGGCACCAUGGCAGGAGCCUCAGUGAAGGUAGCAGUGAGAGUCCGCCCCUUCAACUCUCGAGAGAUCAAUAAAGAGUCGAAAUGCAUCAUCCAGAUGUCUGGAAACACAACCACUAUCAUCAACCCCAAAGCACCUAAAGAGAACAAGAGCUUCAAUUUUGAUUACUCCUACUGGUCACAUACUUCGCCAGAGGAUAUCAACUAUGCCUCCCAGCAGCAGGUGUACAGAGACAUUGGAGAGGAGAUGUUACUCCAUGCCUUUGAGGGCUACAAUGUCUGUAUUUUUGCAUACGGCCAGACAGGGGCUGGCAAAUCGUAUACUAUGAUGGGCAAACAGGAGAAGGACCAGCAAGGAAUCAUCCCACUGCUUUGUGAAGACCUUUUCACCAAGAUUAAUGACAGCAAUACUGAUAACAGCAUGUCCUAUUCUGUGGAGGUUAGUUAUAUGGAGAUUUACUGUGAGCGGGUACGAGAUCUUUUGAACCCCAAAAACAAAGGAAAUUUGCGCGUACGCGAGCAUCCCUUACUGGGCCCAUAUGUAGAGGACCUGUCCAAACUCGCUGUCACAUCGUAUAAUGACAUCCAAGACCUGAUGGACUCAGGAAAUAAGGCCAGGACAGUAGCUGCCACUAACAUGAAUGAGACAAGCAGCCGUUCCCACGCUGUCUUCAACAUCAUAUUCACCCAGAAGCGGCAUGAUGCUGAUACAGACAACACGUCAGAAAAGGUCAGCAAAAUCAGUCUGGUGGAUUUAGCUGGCAGUGAGAGAGCAGACUCCACUGGAGCCAAAGGAACGCGGCUCAAGGAAGGGGCAAACAUCAACAAAUCACUCACUACCCUGGGGAAAGUCAUUUCAGCUCUGGCUGAGGUGGAUUCUGGAUCAAACAAGAACAAAAAGAAGAAAAAAGUGGAAAAUUUUAUUCCUUACAGAGAUUCUGUACUGACCUGGCUCCUAAGAGAAAAUCUUGGUGGCAACUCUCGCACUGCAAUGGUGGCCGCUCUCAGUCCAGCCGACAUCAAUUAUGAUGAAACCCUCAGCACUCUUAGGUAUGCAGACAGGGCUAAGCAGAUCCGUUGUAAUGCUGUGAUCAAUGAAGAUCCUAAUAACCGUUUGGUGCGUGAGCUGAAAGAUGAGGUGUCCCGUCUGAAGGACCUCCUCUACGCCCAGGGCCUGGGUGACAUUAUCGAGACAUUUCGGGGGACAGUUGAGGAUUUUGCUGGUUUGAAAUACUUAUCCGAUUACAAGAACAAUAACAAUAGUGGCCAAGCUGUCAAUCAAAGAGGUGAUCUCUCCACAGUGACCAAUGCUAUGACGGGGAUGAGCCCCUCUCCCUCUCUCUCCGCCCUGUCCAGCCGGGCAGGCUCCAUCAGCAGCCUGCACGAUCGCAUCAUGUUCAGCCCUGGAAGCGAGGAAGCCAUUGAGAGACUCAAGGAAACAGAGAAAAUCAUUGCUGAGCUCAAUGAAACAUGGGAAGAGAAGCUUCGCCGAACAGAGGCCAUCAGAAUGGACAGAGAAGCACUGCUAGCUGAGAUGGGUGUGGCAAUGCGUGAGGAUGGAGGAACUGUUGGAGUCUUUUCACCAAAGAAGACGCCCCACCUGGUGAAUCUAAACGAAGAUCCUUUAAUGUCUGAAUGUCUCCUGUAUUAUAUCAAAGAUGGAAUUACCAGGGUGGGGAGAGAGGACGCCAGCAGAAGGCAGGACAUUGUUAUGAGUGGUCAUUUCAUUAAGGAGGAACAUUGUACUUUCACCAGCACCACUGGACCCAUGGGCGAAGCUGUCAUUCUGGAGCCAUGUGAGGGAGCAGAAACUUACGUCAAUGGGAAGAGAGUGACAGAGCCCACUAUUCUCAGAUCAGGGAACCGAAUCAUUUUGGGCAAGAACCACGUGUUCCGCUUUAACCAUCCAGAGCAGGCCCGUCAGGAACGGGAGAUGACUCCGUGUAGCGAGACCCCGAUGGAGCCUGUAGACUGGGUGUUUGCUCAGAGAGAACUGCUGGAGAAACAGGGCAUUGAUAUGAAACAGGAAAUGGAUCAGAGACUGCAGGAACUUGAAGAUCAAUAUCGCAAAGAAAGAGAAGAGGCCAACAAUCUGUUGGAGCAACAGAGAUUAGACUAUGAGAGCAGGCUAGAAGCCCUGCAAAAGCAGGUAGAUCGUUGUUACCCUGAUAUAGCAGAAGAAGAUGAUGAACCUGAGGAGGAAGUGCAAUGGACUGAGAGGGAGACAGAACUGGCACUGUGGGCAUUUCGUAAAUGGAGAUGUUACCAGUUUACAUCCCUCAGAGACUUGCUUUGGGGCAGUGCCAUCUUUCUUAAGGAGGCCAAUGCCAUUAGUGUGGAGCUUAAGAAGAAGGUUCAGUUCCAGUUUGUGUUAUUGACAGACACGCUGUACUCUCCUCUUCCACCUGAUCUGUUACCCCCUGAGACAACCAAAGACCGGGAGAAGAGCCCAUUCCCUCGCACCAUUGUGGCUGUAGAAGUCCAAGAUCAGAAGAAUGGAGCCACACAUUACUGGACCCUAGAGAAGCUCAGGCAGAGGCUGGACCUGAUGAGGGAGAUGUAUGAUCGUGCUGCUGAGGUGCCCAGCAGUGCUCUGGAUGACUGUGACAGUGUUUUGACAGGAGGAGAUCCUUUCUAUGACCGGUUCCCCUGGUUCCGUCUGGUUGGAAGAAACCCCCUUUUCUCCACAUGCCUUAGUGAGCAACCGAGCAACCCCAACUCCUCCCCCACCCCCUCUGCACCCAUGUCGAGCUCUGAACACACUGAGCUGGUCCAUUCAUGGUCCGACAAGAAGGUGGGAACAGAGUUGGAUGACUUGGAUGAUGAUUUCUUAUCUGAUGACCAAUGCUCGGAUUUUGAGGAGGAGGGGGAGGAUGAUGAUGAUGAGGGAGAGCUCUGCAGAAGCUCCAACAAAGCGGAGGACCCAUUUUACGAUCGCUCACCAUUGUUCAGUGUAGUGGGAAGGGCUUUUGUAUAUUUGAGUAAUCUGCUCUAUCCUGUGCCCCUGGUGCAUCGGGUCGCCAUCGUCAAUGAGAAGGGCGAGGUCAAAGGUUUCCUCAGAGUCGCUGUACAGGCCAUAUCAGGUUCUCUGGUUUUUCCUCCAGCCGAUGAGGAGGCACCAGACUACGGCUCUGGUGUCAGACAGUCAGGGACCGCUAAGAUUUCUUUUGAAGACCAGCAGUUUGAGAAGUUCCAAUCAGAGUCCUGCCAUUCUGGUCUGUCCCAUGCUGGGGUUUCUCAGGAGGAACUGCGGAUCGUGGAAGGGGAGGGCCAGAACACAGAGAUGGGUCUGUCAGCAGAUGAGGUCAACAAUAAUACCUGUUCAGCUAACCCAGAGGAUCUGGACAGCCCUGUCAAAGCAUGUCUUGAUGGCAUACUGGAUGGAGCUCUGGAUCACUUGAAGAUUGGAGAUGUCUUUACAUUCAGAGUUACUGUGCUGCAGGCGUCAAGCAUAUCUGCAGAGUAUGCAGACAUAUUCUGCCAGUUCAAUUUUAUUCACAGGCACGAUGAAGCGUUUUCCACAGAGCCAUUGAAGAACACUGGACGUGGUCCACCACUUGGCUUCUAUCAUGUGCAGAAUAUUGCAGUGGAGGUGACCAAGUCCUUUAUAGAGUACAUAAAGACUCAGCCAAUCGUGUUUGAAGUCUUUGGACAUUACCAGAAGCAGCCUUUCCCUUCGCUCUGCAAGGAUCUCAUUAGCCCGUUCCGUCUAUGUCGGCGGCAGUUCCAGAGAGUCAUGCCUCUUUCCAAACCAGUACCUGCCACCAAACUGACAGCUAUCACACGACCCACAGCAGGACCAUGCCACUGUAAAUAUGACCUGAUGGUCUUCUUUGAAAUCUGUGAGCUAGAGGCCAAUGGAGACUACAUCCCAGCUGUAGUGGAUCACAGAGCGGGCAUGCCCUGCCAUGGCACAUUCAUGUUACAUCAGGGCAUCCAAAGGAGAGUGACAGUCACGAUUGUACAUGAGACAGGAAGAGAUAUUGAGUGGAAGGAAGUGCGAGAGCUGGUUGUUGGGCGCAUCCGGAAUACACCUGAAGCAGAUGAGACAAUCAUAGACCCCAACAUUCUCUCUCUCAACAUUCUGUCUGCUGGAUAUAUCCGACCCGCACAUGAUGACAGACAGUUUCUUGAUUCGGACAUGCCUAGGACAUUCUACCAUUUUGAGGCUGCUUGGGAUUCAUCCAUGCACAACUCUUUGCUGCUAAACCGUGUCACUCCUUAUGGAGAGAAAAUCUACAUCACUCUGUCUGCUUACCUGGAGAUAGAGAACUGCACACAGCCUACAGUGAUAACCAAAGACCUAUGCAUGGUGUUCUACUCACGAGACGCCAAGCUUGCAGCAUCUCGCUCCAUCAAGAACCUCUUCAGCAGUGGCAGUUUGAGGCCAUCUGAAGGGAACCGUGUAACUGGUGUAUAUGAGCUCAGUCUGUGUCACCUGGCUGAUGCAGGGAGCCCAGGAAUGCAAAGAAGGCGCAGGAGGGUGCUGGAUACGUCAGUAGCGUAUGUGCGAGGGGAGGAGAACCUGGCUGGCUGGAGGCCCCGCAGUGACAGCCUCAUCCUGGACCAUCAGUGGGAGCUGGAGAAACUGAGCCUCCUGCAGGAGGUGGAGAAAACCAGGCACUACCUCCUCCUUAGGGAGAAGCUGGAGUCCACCCUGCUGCUGGGUCAGGAGUUGCUGCUGUCCUGCGGGAGUGAGGAUCUAACCGAGUCCUCUUCCCCCUCCACCCACCUGGGCCUGGGUCACAGCCCUGGCCCCAGCCCUGACACGCCCAAUGAGAGACAGAGAGAGCUGGCUGCCAAGUGUCUGCGUUUGCUUAACCACACCUUUAACAGGGACUACAUCCAUGUGUGUGUUAGCGCCAGCGAGAGCAAGUUGAGUGAGAUGUCAGUGACUCUCCUGAAAGACUCUGCCUCAGUCUGUGAUCAAAGCACACUCACACCUUCUUCCACAUGCCCCUCACUCGUGGAGGGACGCUACAGCAGCAACACUGAACUCAGACCCCCAACACCUCGAUCCCGCGCUGUCAGCCCGAACCCUGACUCUGAAACAGAGGGCAAGAAGUCUCCACCAGAGUCCAGACCAAGGACACGCACUUUUGUGCCAGACAUUCAGGAAAUCCGUGUCAGCCCUAUUGUGUCAAAGAAAGGGUAUUUGCACUUCCUGGAGCCCCACAGUAAUGAUUGGGUGAAGAAAUUUGUGGUGGUACGCCGGCCAUAUGUCUACAUCUACAACACAGAUAGAGACACAGUGGAAAGGGCCAUUCUUAACCUGUCCUCGGCACAAGUGGAAUACAGUGAAGACCAGCAGGCCAUGCUAAAGACCCCCUACACAUUUGCGGUAUGCACAGAGCAUCGUGGGAUUCUUCUUCAAGCCAGUAAUGACAAGGAGAUGCAUGACUGGCUGUAUGCCUUUAAUCCACUGCUUGCUGGAUCUAUCAGGUCUAAACUGUCUAGAAGAAGAGCCGUGCAGAUGAGGUUUUGAGACCAUCACACGUAUACCCACUGUACAACUCUCCAAGGACAAAACACGAAAGACUUACCUUGUAAAUAGAUCUACUGACAAAGCCCCAAAUUUCUGGGCUUAAUCAAGUCUCUCACCCCUGUCCCUCUGUUACCUAGUACAUGUGUUUACCUGCACCUACCCACACUAGCACCUACUGUGCACCUGUACAUAUUAAAGGCCCCAUUGUUGUGUGUCUACAGUGGCCUAAAUAUUCAACUUAUAGCGCCAUCGGAUCAGGCUAACUACUUUAUUGGGUUAGAAGUAGUUGAUGCUUAUGUAGUCCUCAGCAACAGCCUAGAAAGAAACAUGGCUGGCAAUGGAAAUUCCCAAUUCUGAAGCUGUCAGCUCAUGCUAACAGAUCUAAAUUUGUUACUGUGAAGAGCGAAGUCCAUAUCCAUAAGGCUGUGCCUCAUCUUGAGUUCAGUGGAAAAAUGAAGACUAGUAAAUUAUUGCAGUCACAUGGCCUUAUUGUGUUAAUCCUGAAUUAUGUAAGUCUCUAAGUUUAAAUGGUUAAAACUGAUCAGUAUUUAAGUCAGAAUACCAUAUGUUUAUUCAUCUCUUGGCUAUGGCUGAUAGAAUUGAUCAAUGAUAAUAAAUUCUUAGCAAGGAACACAUGAAUCACAUCAUAUUACACUCUUUCUCUCUUUAAGUGCAGUUCUUGGUAGAGUAGAACCCGUCAUAAAUACUCAUAUACCUUUAUAAUGUUUCCCUUGUAAGGCCUUGAAAUGCAUAAAGAUUUCAAAAUAAUCAGGACACAUGAGGAAAAAUUUGGCAACAGAAUAUGUUUGCAUUCUCAUAUCUCUGUAUGAGAAGCAUUGUAAAGAUUUGGCCUAUUUUUGUUGGAGUACCGGUCGGUAGAUUUAUCUAAAAUGUAUCAUAAUGCAGUCUCAUAUUUUAUAUAGAAAGAUUAUCAGUAUCCCUAGAUGGUCUUAUAGCUGUCUAAUUUAUUUUUAAAUUUUCUAUUAAAGUCUUAUCUCCUUAGAUAUUUAUUUAACAUGUUUUACUUUAUUUCAGGAUGUAUUUAUUUACAAAGACUGUACUGUUUUUGAAGAAGUACAGUGCAAUUUCUGCAUAUGGCACUUUUUGUUAUCAUGAGUUGACUAACCUCGCUUUUACUGACCACACUGCUUUCAUUCCCCCAACACAGUGAAAUGCAUUUGAGGAACAAGAUAGAAAUGAAUGCUGGGAUAGCUACUAUUACAUGUAGAUUACUUGAAUUUUACUUUUUAGAUAUGUUAAGUAGUUGGUUAAGAAAAAGGAUUUUUGCCAGAUUUAUCAGGUAGAGAAAAAAAAACACCAUACUUAUCAACCCAAAUCAUAAAUGAGUGUGUGUGUACAGUGAUAAAAUGAAAAGUUUUAAAGAUUGUUUGAACAAAUCAACAUUUUCUACAAACUCCCCAGUAAGAGAGAUGAACUAUGAUUUUUGUGCAUCUAUAGCAUCAUACUCUGUUUUUGUUUUAUAUUCUUAAUCAUCUUAAACCCUGUACACUUUUUAACAUGGUGAACUUCCACUUUCAGCUCCACCCAUUUGUAUCAUCCUUUCUCUUUGUGUAAAAAUGUGUAAAAACAGGAAAAAACAGUUUUCAGUUUGUUUGCAUGAAUAUUCGGGUUUCAAUAUAAGUUAAGCUCAUUCGACAGCAUUUGUGGCAUAAUGUUGAUUAAAAAAAAAAAAAAAUCAUUAACAAAAGCACAAAUCUGGCCUUAAGUAAGGCACUUACUGUACAAUGGAAGUGAAUGGGGUCAAUCUGUAAACAUUAAAAUACUCGCUGUUUCAAAAGUAAAGUCACAAGAUGUAAACAAUGUGUGUGUUAACAUGAUUUUAGUGUGAUAAAAUCACUUGCUAACCUUUUCUGUGUAAUGUUAUAUUCAAUUUUACAUCUUUGUUGCCAUGACGAUGUAACGCUGUAAACCCUACAACAACGAUUUAAACAUCUUUACAGCUCAAAUAAUACACAAGUUUUAACAGAAGAAUAAUGCGUGCUUUUUUUUUAAUUGUAAGUUUCACAUUUCUGCCUUUAAACCCUCAAAAAAUUGGCCCCAUUCACUUUCAUUGUAAGUGUCUCGCUAUAACCUCCAUUUUUGCUCUUUUUAAAGAAGGAGGGACAAGUUGAAGUUACAUUUUGUGGUAAUCAGCAUUAUGCCACAAAUGCUGUCGAUUGAUCUUAACUUGUAUUGAACCCAGAAUAUUCCUUUAAGAGAUCUUGCCCUGCAUUUAAUGUGACUAAGUAUAAUGGCAUUUUCCAAACAUAUCUAAAUAUGGUUUCAAUUAUCUUUUUAUCUUCUUUCACUCAUACAAAGGAACAAAACAGCCCAUUUUAAGUUUCUCACUGUAACAACAUCACCUCAUCUCCGUAUUCCAGAAAUAAGCCCUGCUGACCAUCCAAAAUCGUUCAGCUCUGAUUUGUCGUGAUUAUAAUCAUAUGAUAUAUUGCGGCAUUUUAUAUCCUGAUUUCCAUUUUUAAAGUUGUAUCAGGUCUUUUCCUUGUGAUGUGCGUAAUAUCAAUAGGCUUAUGUUGCGCAAACCAGUAAGAUGCUGCCUACGUUGUAAAAUGCCAAACAAAAUGUGCAUGAAAAUCCGGAUCAGUAUCACUUUGGAUAGUUGAAACUGCUGACUUACAGUUGUUCAACCUCAGUCUUAACUACUUUUGGAAUAUGGACUCUGACAUUACUAGGCUAACAUAGUACCAUAACCUCUUAUUUUUUAUGUAUCACUGUUUUUAUACAGAAGCAUUUGCUAGCAAGUGUGGAGUCCUGUGUGGCAGAUCAUGACUUAGGCAGUCAUUGGAGCAAAGCCCACAGAUCCACAAUUGUUGCUUUAAAAAAGAAAAAGCCAAACUGCUUAUAAUGUGGUGUGAUUGAGUGAUCCUGCUCUUUUUAAAUUGCAAGCAUUUUCUUUAUAUUGUUCAGAGUGCAGACCAACUGUUUGCAUGUGGCGUAAGGUGUUUGGCAAAUAGGUAGAUUAAAAACCUGCAAGAGUCAGGCAUAUGAGUAUGACUGAGGCCAGCCAACCUGCAGGGAAUGCUCAGUACUGCAGGAAUCUGACACUGAACAACUCCGCUUAAAGCCUGUACUGUAUAUGUUUGUAAGAUCAUACACACAUAAAUUCAUAUAGAUUCAAAUAGGAUUUGCAACACUUGUGUUUGUUUUAUUUGACCAGCUCUUUCUGUAAAAAACUAAAACAAAUGGUAUACAGUUGUUACCCAGUCCUAAAAGGCUUCUCAAUCGCUAAUGACUUUGUCAUUUGUCAUUAUUUGUUUCUGUAUGUUUUUUUCUGUUUCCGUUCUCUGUCACGACUUGUUCAGAUUAAAAAUAGGGUCACUCACUACUUUUAAAAAUUGCGUAAGUCAAUGGUAAUAGCAGAUUAAUUUUUAAAUGGUUGACCUUCAGGUUGACAAUCAUUUCCAGUUUGAAGUACAUGCAUGUAAAUGAGAGUUGUCUUAGAUUUUUGUCUGUGCGUCUUUUAGAAAGUAGGCUAACGCAGAGAACUGAAUGGUGUUCUUCAUGUUAUAGCCUGUCCUGUACCAUUUCUACAAGCAAUUUACAUAAAACAUCCCAUUAUCAUGUUCCCAAUCUAAAGGCAUCAUGUACAUAUUUCCAUCUCCAAACUGAAAGAAGGAUGAAUCAGUUCUCUUCAUGACACCAAUUAUUUGUGUGCUUCCAUUCUCCUCUUACAGACUCCAUUCAGAGGCAUUUUUCUAACGGUUUCUCUUGGUUUUACUUGCCUUUGUAUAUAAACAUGAUUGCUGUGAAUGUUGUAAUAUGCAGUUUGUACCAUCUUCAAUGGGCAGUACUAUCAAUGUCUCUUUCUGAGUGUUGGAUAUGAGUCAAAUGUUCUUGUACACUUAACACAUUGUCAGUUAUGAAAUAAAUGUUGAACUUAUGCAACACAGUGAAUGACUUUUGUGAGUGUUUAAUGAUUCUAAAUGUAAGCCAUUGCCUUAUGAAUGUGAAGAUACAGCCUGUGGAAGAUAGGAAUAAAAUAUGUUGAAUAUUUGCCUGA